CAUCCGCAGUGUCCUUGCAUCCGGCAUUCACCGCCUUAUGUGGUGCCUGGAGAGGCUCCGCUUGGGUCCCGAGCGCCUCCUGAAGGGCAGGAACGGGAUUCUUCGGACCCGGGGCCACCAAGUCAGGGCCCUCACGCCCGCCGCGUGGGAAAACGUGCUCACCCCGGACCGCAUCCCUGAGUUCUGCAUCCCCCCGCGACUUGCGCCGGGUACCGCCCUGACUGCGCUCCGGGUUUCCUGGAUCCAAGCGGCAGAAAUCGACGACGGGGUCGGACACACCGACUGGGACCCGCGCUCGCAGGCCGCGCUCUCGCUGCCGCACCUGCCGCGCGCGCGCACCGCCUACGGCUUCUGCGCGCUGCUCGAGAGCCCGCACACCCGCCGCAAGGAGUCACUCUUCCUCGGGGGCGCCGGCGCCGCCCCGCUCCUGCCUCCGGGCGCAGCCCCGGACCCCGACCCCGCGCUCCCCGCCGGCCCCCGGCAGACCCCGGACGUGCCCGCGCCGCCGCCCCGCGCCCACCGCCUCCUGCGCUCCCCCGAAGGACUGCUGAGCCGCGCGCUGCGGGCCCGGAGGAGCCGUGCCCUGCCGCGCGCCCGCUCCGUGUCCCGCGGGGACGACGACGACGACGAGCGCGGCGCCGCCUCGCGGCCCCCGGCCCGGGCCCCCUCCGCGUCCCAGCCGCCGCCGCCACUGCCUGGCCCCGACCCGCGGCCCGAGCGCCUGGAGGCCGAGGGCACCGUGGCCCUGGGCCGCGCUGGGGGCGCCCUGCGCUUGGCCGCCGAGUACAGCCGGGCCAGCGGGCGGCUCCGCGUGCGGCUGCUCGGCGCCGAGGGCCUGCCCGCAGGGACCGCCGAACCCCGCGCCGUGGGCUGCCGCGUCAGCUUCGUCCUGCGCUCUCCGGGAAAGACGCGCCCGCAGCUCAGCGCCGUGGUGCGGCCUAGCGGCAAGGCCGCCUUCGACCAGGACGUGUGCCUGGACGGGCUGUCGGAGGAGCAGGUGCGCCGCCUGGCCGUGCGCGUCAAGGCGGAGAAGCGGGACCGCGGCCGCGAGUGGGGCCGCGGGCUGGGCCAGGGCGAGCUGCUGCUGGGCUCCCUGCUGCUCCCCUGAGGGCGCCCGGGCCUCGGCCCUCCCCUUGGGGCGCUCUCCGCGCGCUGGGACCUCGGACCCUGACAGUCGCUUCGGACAAAAUAAAUGCUAUUUAUUUUUAUAUUCAGGCCUUUGUUCAGUCCAAUAUUGGCACAUACAUUGCUAGAUUAUCACAAUAAAGGACGUAGUAUUUUGUGUAAUACCUUCAGAAUUCAUUUCAGCAAAUGGUAUGGUGUUCUGCAGGAGUGGUUCUCAAUAUAGACAGACAACUGCACUUCAUCUUCCCCAAUAUAGAUAGACAAUUGCG